AUGGCUGCUAAUAUCACAAAGAAGGGCAAUCAGCAGGUCGUCGCGUUCCCACCGGCGACCGGAUUACAUAAGGCAGUGCAGCGAGUCGAAGUCCUCCCGUGGGCAGGGCCCGGCCCGCUCGAGUGGAUUGCAACCUUGCGGGGCCCGGCCGCCCACGCCGCGCGGGGACAGGCUCCAACCUUGCGCCCGCCCCCGCUGUGGCCGCCGCGGCUCGAGCGCGCCGCCCCCCGACGCGUGUGCUCUCGGCGAAGGCGCCCGAGCAUCCUCCCUCCUCGGUGCCCUCUCUCUGGGCCUACCCGGGCGCAGCCCCGCGGUUAUGAGCCCCGAACCGGUCCCGGCGGCGACCAUGGGGAACCGCUGGCUAAGCGGAUAGAGAAGGGCGACGAGGCCUUCCGUGCGGGCCAGUACGAGAAGGCUGCCGAACUCUUCCGCUCCGUGCUGGCCGGGCUGCCGCAGCCCGAGCACGACCUGUGCCUGCGCCUGGGGGACGCGUUGGCCCGGCGGCUGAAGGCGCUGCGGCCCGAGGAGCUGGCUGGCUGGCGCGCGCCCUGGGUCAGAGUGGCCGGCGACGCCUCUGCGCCCGCCGCGCCCCGUGACCUGCUCGGCUGCCCGCGCUGCCAGCGGCUGCUCCACGAGCCGGUGACCCUGCCGGGCGGGCUCACAGUGUGCAGGCGAUGCCUGGCGGGGCCGGCGCGGCCGCAGGCGCGGCGCGUCAACGUGGUGCUGAGCGGCCUGCUGGAGAAGUGCUUCCCGGACGAGGGCCGCGUGCGCAGGCUGGCCGGCCAGGCGCGGCUGCAGCGCCAGCAGCAGCCCGAGGCCGCGCUGCUCAGGUGUCACCAGGCCCUGGAUAUGGCUCCUGGGGAGAAUUCGGUAUUGCUGUUGAGAGCAGAGUUAUAUUUAACCAUGAAGAAGUAGGAGCAGCCUCUCCAGGAUGCCGAUGUGCUUUGUCAGAACGCACCUCUCCUGACUGAGGGACAUCGUGUGAAAGCUCAGGCUCUUUCUGGAUUGGGAAGAAGUAAGAAAGUGUUGAAGGAAUUUCUCUAUUGCCUUGCUUUGAAUCCUGAAUGUAACUCAGUGAAGAAAGAAGCACAGAAGGUAAUGUGUGAGGUGUUUUUUUCCGCUUCAGAAAAUGUGCAUCAAAAGUUCACCCCUUCCAUCCCAAGCACAUUACGGGCUCAGCAUCACAGCCAUAUAAACACCCAAGCAGGUGGUGAUGUGGGGAGUUCUCAGAAUUCACCAGAGAAAUCUGAUGUGUUUAGAAAUACCAGUCCUUCAGUCUUAUAUUUUAUACUGGGACUACACCAAGAAGAGGAUAAAGCAAUGUUAGAAAGUAUCCUUCCAGUAGCACCCAGCACUAGUCUAAAGAGACAGUUUCCAAAUGGCUCGGAGGGCACACAGGACCUGAAUGACGCCCCUGGAAAAAUUCCCAAGAAAGAUUCCUCACCUCAAAGGAACAUGGACUCUGACAUAGGAGGAAGUCCAGAGCUCGUGAUAGAUGUAACUGACUUUGAGUGUGCCCUUUGCAUGAGGUUGCUCUUCGAGCCUGUCACUACGCCAUGUGGACAUACGUUUUGCCUAAAAUGCCUCGAACGCUGCCUCGACCAUGCCCCACAUUGUCCACUGUGCAAAGAAAAACUUUCAGAAUUGUUGGCGAGCAGAAAUUUUAGUACAACUAUUUUGGCCGAAGAAUUAAUCUUUCGGUAUUUGUCGGAUGAACUGUCUGAUAGGAAGAUAAUUUAUGAUGAAGAAAUGACGGAACUAAAAAGUAAUUUGACCAGAGAUGUCCCCAUCUUCGUGUGUGCCAUGGCCUUCCCCACCGUCCUGUGUCUGCUCCACGUCUUUGAGCCCCGCUACCGGCUUAUGAUAAGAAGAUGCAUGGAAACUGGCACCAAACGGUUUGGCAUGUGUUUAUCCACUGAGCACGCCGGGAUUUCCGAGUAUGGCUGCAUGCUGGAGAUCAAAGAUGUCAGGACAUUUCCGGAUGGCAGCUCAGUUGUGGACGCAAUUGGCAUCAGUCGGUUCUGAGUUCUAAGCCACCGUCACCGCGAUGGUUACAAUACGGCAGACAUCGAGUAUCUGGAAGAUGAAAAGAUGACGUUUAUUUUACUGGGAUACAUGGAAGGUCCAGCGUAUGAAGAACUGACUGCGCUUCAUGACUCAGUGUAUCAGCAGUCUGUUGCCUGGUUUACUUCGCUCCCGGAUCACAUGAGACAACAAAUCUUACGUCAUUUUGGGUUAAUGCCAGACAGGGAACCUGAACCUCAGAGCAGUCCCAGUGGACCUGCUUGGUCCUGGUGGAUCCUGGCAGUGUUGCCCUUGGACCACAAGGCUCAGCUGGCUAUCCUUGGCAUGACCUCACUUAAGAAGCGUCUGCUCGCCAUUCGGCGAAUAUUAGUCAUCAUCACGUGUAAGAUGAAUACUCGGCAAGAGCUGGUUAAUAGCAGGGAGAGAAAUAAUUGAUUUUCUCUGUUUGUCAACGUUUCUGGAUGCCCUUGUACUUCCAUGAGGAGUGCCAGGCAUGGGUGAACAGCAUCCCACCCCAUUCACGGCGCUUUAUAAAAUGCUUGUUCAUAGGGCUGCAGAAGGGAACACUUAGCAAAUACUGACUCCUACUCAAAAGUUCAAAGUCUGCGCCUGGUACCGUGUGACUCUGUAAAAGGUUAGCCUGAUGUUUGAGUGGAGCCCAUGGUUGGAAAGCAACCAAAGAACAUGUCUUUGAAGCAGAUGCUUCUGGCGUGUCAGUCUCCUGACAGCAUGGACACCACAGAUGGUUUAUAAGAGGUUUAGGUUUUGCAAGAAAGAAGGACUCCUUUCCCAAUACAGCACAUUGCUACACCUGAUGGGAGCAGCACGCUUCAGGGGCUAGACAAGAAGGGGGAAACCACAUUUUUAUCUGGAAGCAGAUUUCUCAGAGCACAGGCUAACCAAAAAUUUGUUUAGGCUUCGUGUGUCACUGUGAAGUUGUCUGUGAAAUUAAGGACUCAAAUCAACAUUCCAGUGCAGGAGCCAAAAUUAAGCCUUACCCAAAAAGUAGUAGCCACCGGAUAGAACUGUGUUUUAUGUCCUGCAGUAGUUCAAGAUGUUGUAAAUUGCAUGUUAUAAUCAGGUGAGUGUCAACAUACAAGAAGGUAUACCUGGGAUUUAGAAAUAUCUGAAGCCAGUAUAGUUGAUUUGAGGAUAUAAAUUUAUACACACUCAAUAAAGAGUGAACAAAAGUGAGUUAAAACUGUACGUGCAGGGGGAUGUCAAAUGUACAACCCAACUAGUGCAAAGCUCCCCUUGAAAGCAUAGCCCUGUCAACAUGGAUUCAAUGGGUACUGAGCCUUUAGGAAAUAGUCAUGUUUUUCUACUAGGAUUUGCAUUAGAAAUUAGGCCCAUCAAUAAAUUUGAGUUCACCAUCCAUGCACUGAUAAUAUGCAGACAUUAAAAGCUGCAUAUGAAACGAGAAUCUGUUUGUUCCGGGAAAACAUAAGAGGAGAAUAUUCAAGGAGAGGGAAGGUGGUAUGAGAUGUAAAUAUUCAGCAAGCUUUUCUCCAACACCUACCUAAAGAUUAUCUUUUUUUUUUCUUUUUGAGAAGAACUUUUACAGUGAUCAGAGCAGGUAUUAUCUAUUAAAGAACAGUACAUAUAACUUCCAACCUCUAAUGCAUAUUGGUAAUAUUGAUUGGAGUAACCGUUUGAACCUGACAUACUGAGCUAUGGCCUAACGAGCUGGUACAUUUUGUUGGCUUCUUGGUCUGUGAGGCGGACGUACUAAACUGAAAGGUGACAAGGACCAGCUAAAGAGCAAAUGACAGCUGUAAGUUUUGCUUUAUUCAUUCAAGGUAUACAAUUUUUGAGUUUUUAAACAUAUACGUCAUGAUACCAACAGUUGGUGGUUUAUCCAUCCAUCACACAUUUUAUUAGAAAGACUUUAUAAUCGUUUUAAAAAGUGUAGUUUUGAUAGCUAAAACUCAGUUUCAUCCCGGAGGUUGGAAAGUACUAUACUUGUUUUACUUAGCCAUAAAGAGAAAAUCUGAAAGUAUUUUCCAAUCAGAUGUUUACAGUGCCUCACAUAAUUGUGAAUCUCCAGAUAUCAUCUUGAACAUGGUUUAAAGAAAGGCCGUUUGGCCAAGUGAUUUCCAAAUGAUUUUCGUAAUUCAUGUACUGCAUUAACAAUAGUAUCCAGCUUUCUUAGACAUGGUAAUCUAACCUGAUCAUUUAAAAGAAAAAAACACACUUCAUCUAGCAUUCCAGAAGACCUGUAUGAGAAAUGGUUCAUGAACAUGGGUCUGCGUUGACCAGCCUCUUCCUCGUCUAGAAAACCUUUUUCUACCUUAAAACCAUAUCUGGACAGUUGCCAUUGCUGUAAAUAAACACAAGGCCUUCAUUUCUCCAAGAGCCUUACUGAAGUUACGUUUCUGUGCUCAGAGAAUUAAGGCUUUUCCCAUAACAGUUGGACGACAUUGCUUUCUCAACCCUCCUCUUUAAAUGUAGUAACUCACAGUCUUUAACCAAAACCAUCAAGUUAUCUAUUUCUGAGUCUGUCUGCCUCUUCCUGAGUCAUCUUCUCAUUCUGAGUGUUCUUAUGUAAAAGCCUUUUCAACAGUAAUGAUGCAGACUGGAGCAAGACAAUUUUUGUUGUUUUUGUUUCUUGCAACCAAAGGGAGAGACUGUGAUCACCUCAUGCUCUGUCCAGCAUCCCACGUCCACACAGCGCAAAGUGGGGUAGAUUGGUACUUCCUGAGCACUUAGAAUAAGUUAUUCAUCAGGAAGUCGAACCAAGGAAAUAAUAUCCCAAGCCGUAUUAUGAAGGAAGCUUCCUUUUACAAGCUUUAAAAAAAGGAAAGAAACCCAAACUCCAGUUGGCUGCAAAUCUAGUUGAAACAGCACAGUUCCCUUUCUUCUCCCUGCCCUCCCCACCCCACCUCCUUUCUAUCAUGGAGACGUCAUUUCUAAGGAUUUCUCAAAAAAUAACAGAAUCUUUCCUUCAAAGUCAGAGCAUCCCAGUUUAAUUUUACUGAAAACAUUCCAGCACUAAUGCUCUAGUUACAUCAGAAUAAAACCAUCUACUCAGAGUAAUAACAGUUUUGGGGAGUGAUCCUUCUCUUAACACCGCACAUUCUGUUUGGUAAUUUUCCAUUUACUCUCCUAAGUGGCUUGACUCAUAAUUCCAUCUCUGCCUAUAUCUUUGAAACGUAGCUGAAAUCCUGACAGGCGGUUUUCUGAAAGCCCAUGAGAUUUUUAGGGUUAUCACAUCCCCUAGGUCCCUGUCUUCAGAGCUAAGUUAGAAUAUUUUUUAGAGUUCCAAAUGAAAACAAUUAAAAAUGUAAGGUUUAUCCAUGCAACCACAAUCAUUUUUUUAAUAAAUUCAUGUGCCAAAAUUUUGAGUAUUAUCCCAUUUUUAUGACCACAGAGAUGUCCUUUCUUUUCUUUUCUAACCCCCACCCAACACCCAGAUCAAAACAACCCACCAAGUCUGUUUGUUUAAUAUGUUGUAUCUCAACUCUUAACAUAUAUUAAGUUUUACACAGGACUUUUGAAUCAUCAAGGAACAAAGUUAUAGGUAGUAGAAUUAUCAUGAACUAUGAUACUAUCAUUUUGUCAUAGAAUUAUUUGAAUUUGUCAUUGUUAUAAUUGAAAUAUUCCAUUGCUUGACAUAGAAGUCAUUACAGUUUUUAAGUUGCUUUUUAAAAAGUGCUCAUCUGUUUCUUCUUCCUCCUUUCCUUUGUGUUUUCUCCCACCACUUAAAUUACUUUGGUGAAUACCACCCUUUAAAAUUUAGGUGCUACCAAUGAAAUAAUAAUAAUAAUAAAAGUGAAUGAUACAAAGAUAGAUAGCCCAUUAGGAGGAAAAUAAGUUGGGUCAUUUCUUUUUGUUUGAAGCACGAGGUUUAGUUUUCCCCAGAUAUGCCUGUGGAACAGGACGGGGUGGUCUCGUUUCCACUUUUAAUGUAGGUGGCAGUGGCAGCUUGUAGCAGGAAACUCUUCCUCUUUUAGCGCCAUCUGUAACCAAAGGUCCCUUUCUGGUUCUGUGUUUCACCAAAACCCGGGAAAGCUAGGUCUGAAUGGGUAGAGUGAGCUGUGCCAGCCACACACAGGGAGAAAAGUGAACCCUGAAUGUUGCUGGAUAUCCCCUCCUCUCUACGAGGGCCGGGCUAUUGACUUCUGACUCCUAGGGGAAGGUCUGUUCACUUUUACAACUCCUCACCUUAACUGCACCUUAACGUGCACCUUUCAACUGCUAAAAAAGCUUUACCAAAAGCUGCUGAAUCCCAUAAAGUAGCUUUUAGUAGUGGAUCUGCUGUGAGGUGAAUAUUAGAAUAUUUAAUAUUAGAAAAUUGCAGUAGCAUAAACUAAAGACGAAAUUGAAGUGUCACCAUUGCACUUGGUCAAGAUGGGACAUUAGCUCCGAUUUGUGCCCGGGUCCAAAUAUGUAAAGGUGACUGAGUGACAACACAGAGAGGUCAGUGUCACUGAAAGAAAAGUUUGUUGUUACUCACAGUUCCCCUCAAAAGGAGAGGUAUGACAGGACACAUGGGGCCACAUGGGGAAGCACCAGUGCCAGUCAGGGGGCUUAAGCAGGACGAGGGAAAAGCACAGGGACAGCAGCCCUCAUUCUGUUCCUGCCAGGAAGUCAGGCAGGGCAGCAGCAGCAGCUUAGGACUGGCGUGUCUGAGUAAUGACGCAGGCUCUGUGCUCUCAGGUGGUCUCUAGUUGUCUGGUCCGGGGUCUGGGGGAGUUGAUAGAGGAGUAUUGCCUCCUGGAGUGUAAGAGCCAGGCAGAGGGGGCGGCUCACAGUGUGGGCUCUGGAUCGCUUGCUUUUCAUGUGAAAGGCCUGUUCCCUGCUGUCUCUAAGAAUUAGCUAGCAGGAGGGGCAGUCUCUCCCCAGUCGGGGGGUCAAAGGAGCCCAAGAUGUCAAAAUAUCAUCAAAUGUAAAAAACAAACAAAAAAACCAUUAAACAAGCUCGUUCUCGCACUUCCGGCUACAGCCUUUCUAAGAGGCCUGUACUCUCUCUGCAGAGGGGCGGCCUGGGCCCGUGGGCACAGCCCUGUGUGUGCAGAAGCUCAGCGGCAGAACCACGGCUGCAUUCAUGCAGCCGAGGAGCAGCCCUGAAGAGCAGGGGACUCCCUGGGCAUGUGACGUCCCCAGGUGGAAAGAGCAGGCCCCAAUCAUAACGCAGCGCACUGAGAAGUUUGCCUAGAUCAUCAGGCUGUGUUGGCACGUGUGGCCCUUAGGACAAAAUGGCUUUUCUCCAGCCUUUCACUUUUAGGGAUCAUUUGACGGCGUUGCAUGAGGACCGUCAGUAUGUACCAUACUCUUGGCCGCUUUGGCCAAGUUUGGCACUGCUAACAGUUUGAUCAGUGACUGGCUUAUCUCACCUCUCAUACUGCUUACCCGCCACCACAUACACAGUUUCCCUCUGAACUCUGGGGGGGGAAAACAAAAACUGUUAAUAGAGAGGUUGGAAAGCGCUGUUCGUACAUUGCUAUUUCAUGCUAGACGAGGAUAUGUCAUUAGCCUCUUAAUUUAUAGUUGUGAAAUGAUUUUACCAGUUAAGAAUUUGAUGUGUACUUUUUUCUAUUUCAUUAGAAGAGCAGGUUUGAACAAAUAAGUUGAUGUAGAUAAACUUCAAAACGAUGCUUUUACCUGUUUAGAGGUAGGCAGUGUUAUCACAUUCAUAUAACAUGCAUCGUGCCUCUUGCCUUCCUUUUAUUUCCUAAGUUCAAGUCAGGGUUAAUGACGUAAUAACAAUACUUGGCAUUUCUUGUUACUUAGGUGAGGCCAAACUGAAACGUUGCCGUAUUUACUUCCUGUGUUCGUGUGCUAUUCAUUUUCAUCCAUUGGAAUUGUAUAUCUAACGUGUGGUAUUUGGAAUAAAUAAAACUUACAGUGUUGUAAACGUUCUUUAAUAAAUAAUUGCACCCAAGUAGUAGGGUAGAAUGACUGGAAAUUAGAUCAUAUCAAUGUGUAGGAUAUUAUAUUAGUUUUCAUGGCUGCUCCAACCCGUUCCCAGAGCCUCGGUGGCUUAAAACUGCAGGAAUUUCUUCUCUCUCAGUUCUGGAGGUUAGAAGUCCAAAAUCAAGGUGUCAGCAGGGCCACACAUCGUCCAGAGGCCCUGAGGAAGAAUUCUUCUAGUUCCUUCUAGCUCCUGAUGGCUGCCAGCAGUCCUUGGCUUGUGACAGCAGGACUCCCUCUCUGUCUCUGUCAUCACCUGGCCUCUUCCCUGUGUGUCUCUGUGUGUCCGAAUCUCCCUUUACUCACAUAAGAACACCAGUCAUGGGACUUCGAGCCACCCUAAUCAGUCAUGACCUCACCUUAAUUUGAUUGUAUUUGCAGAGACCCGAUUUCCAACGAAGGUCACAGUCACAGGCUGUAAUUGGACAUGAGUUUUGGAGGAACACUAUUCCACCUCGUGCAGAUGUGGUGCUGUUCCAGCUUACUUCAGUAGAAGUAAGGGCGGAGGUGCAGUGACUUUGCCUUAAAAUUGAAAAUUACUUUUUAAGGUUAGUUUUAUCCAAGGAAAAUAAGAUUUUGUAGGAACUAAAGCUUAAAUAGUUUUUUUGGGGUGGGGCAGGCUAGUGCUUCUUAAGAAAAAAAUUG